AUGAACGUCGUCAAAGAAAUAAACAAAAUUAACCAGGCUGAACUAGAUCUAGGGCUUAGCGGCGCGUCAUGGCACGAUGAGUACAAAGAUUCUGCCUAUAUCUUCGUUGGCGGUCUCAAUUAUGACCUUACCGAAGGCGAUGUCAUCACAAUAUUUUCCCAAUUUGGUGAAGUUCUUGACGUGAAUAUGCCUCGAGACAAGGACACGGGGGCCCGCAAAGGGUUUGCCUUUCUUAUGUACGAAGAUCAGAGGUCAACUAUACUUGCCGUUGACAAUCUCAACGGGGCCAAAGUUCUUGAUAGAACCCUUCGAGUGGACCACGUUAAGAACUACAAGCAACCCAAGAUAAAGAAUGAGGAUGGAGAAUUUGUGGAUCCAGAGGACCAAAGCCUGAACGCACGACCUCAGUUAAUUGAAGAUGCAGGGGAAGAAUCAGAUUCUUCAGCAAUGACAGGGGCAUCAAUAGAUCCAGAGGAUCCCAUGAGAGAUUAUUUGAUUGCCCAAAGACGGGAGAAAAAAGCUCUCAAAAAGGACAAGAAGUCUAAAUCGAAAGGGAAACACAAGGACGAGACACCCGAGGAAAGACGUGCAAGAAAAGAAAGGAAAAGGGCUAAAAAAGCGAAGUCGUCUGCCUUGAAGGGCGUGGAGGACUUGCUAAACAGUCUAGGACGUCCGCCAUCUGCAUCUGAAGAACAAGACCGAAGUAGUAGACGGCACUCACCGAGCAGAGAAAGGAGGAGCCGAUCUCCAAUGCGAGGACGUUCACGCCAUAGUCCUCAUGGAGACGAAAGCUACCCUCCCAGACGUUCGAAACAUUUGGACGAAGAAAGCCGUUCAUACGACCAUCAUUCACGUAGAAGUCCGAGAGAAUGA